GGGCUUCUCCCCUUCCUCCACACCAUGGGUGUCGGCCGCAGGGAGGUGGCUGCUCUCUGGGCCCUGGCCCUCGCCCUGGCCUGCGCCCAGCACGCAGGCGACCCGCUCCUCGGGGUGACCAUCCUCCCGCCUCUGAAGACCACCGCCGUGGUGCGAGCCCUGAACCCGGCCCACAACGGGCGGGUCUGCAGCACCUGGGGCGACUUCCACUACAAGACCUUCGACGGCGACAUCUUCCGCUUCCCCGGCCGCUGCAACUACGUCUUCUCCGCGCACUGCGGGGCCGCCUACGAGGACUUCAACGUGCAGCUGCGCCGCGGCCAGGAGUCCAACGCCACCACACUGAGCAAGGUCACCAUGAAGCUCAACGGCAUGGUCCUCGAGCUGACCAAGGGCUCUGUCCUGGUGGACGGCCGCCUGACCCAGCUGCCCUUCAGCCGGGCCGGCGUCCUCAUCGAGCGCGGCGUCAGCUCCCUGAAGGUGGCGGCCAGGCUGGGCCUGGUCUUCAUGUGGAACCAGGACGACAGCCUCCUGCUCGAGCUGGACCCCAAAUACGCCAACCAGACCUGCGGGCUCUGCGGGGACUUCAACGGUGCCCCGGUCUUCAACGAGUUCCUCUCCCGCGGCGUCAGGCUGAGCCCCGUCGAGUUUGGGAGGCUGCAGAAGAUGGACGGGCCCACAGAGCAGUGCCAGGACCCCGACCCCGGCCCCACGCCUGUGACGGGCUGCUCCACCGACUCGGGCCUGUGCCAGGAGGUGCUGCUCGGCGAGCAGUUCCAGGGCUGCCGCCCCCUGGUGGACGCCAGCAGCUACGUGCAGGCCUGCCAGCAGGACCUCUGCCUCUGCGGGGAAGCCGCCAACCUCACCGGCUGCGCCUGCCACACCAUCGCCGAGUACUCCCGCCAGUGCGCCCACGCCGGGGGGCUGCCCCUGGACUGGAGGGGCCCGGGCCUCUGCCCCGAGACGUGCCCCCUGGACAUGCAGUACCGGGAGUGCGGCUCACCCUGCACCGACACCUGCUCCAACCUGGAGCACUCCCAGGCCUGUGAGGACCACUGCGUGGCCGGCUGCUUCUGCCCCGAGGGGAUGGUGCUUGAUGACAUCGGCCAGAAGGGCUGCGUUCCCGCAUCUCAGUGUCCCUGUGUCCACAACGGAGCCACCUACGCUACGGGGGCCAGCUACUCCACAGAGUGCAGCACCUGCACCUGCUCUGGAGGCCGGUGGAGCUGCCAGGAGGUUGCCUGCCCCGGCACCUGCUCGGUGCUGGGAGGCGCCCACUUCUCCACGUUCGACGAGAAGCCCUACACGGUGCACGGGGACUGCAGCUACGUGCUGGCCAAGCCCUGCAACGGCAGCGCCUUCACCGUGCUGGCCGAGCUGCGCAGGUGCGGGCUGACCGACAGCGAGAGCUGCCUGAGGAGCCUGACUCUGAGCCUGGGCGGCGGGCGGACGGUCGUCACGGUCCAGGCCGGGGGCGAGGUGUUUGUGGACCAGGUCUACGCACAGCUGCCCAUCUCAGCAGCCAACAUCACAGUCUUCAGACCCUCGACCUUCUUCAUCAUCGCCCAGACCAACCUGGGCCUGCAGGUGGACGUGCAGCUGGUGCCCACCAUGCAGGUCUUCCUGAGGCUGGCGCCCGAGCUCCGGGGGCUGACCUGCGGUCUCUGCGGGAACUUCAACCAGAACCAGGCGGAUGACUUCCGGACCCUCAGCGGCGUGGUGGAGGGCACGGCCGCCGCCUUCGCCAACACCUGGAAGACACAGGCCGCCUGCCCCAACGUCAGGAACAGCUUUGAGGACCCCUGCGCCCUCAGCGUGGAGAAUGAGAAGUACGCUCAGCACUGGUGCUCACGGCUGACGGACCCGCAAGGCCCCUUUGUCCAGUGCCACGCCGCCGUCAGCCCCGGCCCCUACUACUCGCACUGCCUGUUCGACACCUGCAACUGUGAGAACAGCGAGGACUGCCUGUGCGCCGCCCUGUCUUCCUAUGUCCGCGCCUGCGCCGCCCGCGGCGUGGUGCUCCGCGGCUGGAGGGCCGGCGUCUGCGCAAAGCCCACAGAAAACUGCCCCAAGUCGAUGACCUACCGCGACCACAUCAGCACCUGCCAGCCCACCUGCCGGGCCCUGAGCAACAAGGACCCCACCUGUGGCAUAAGCUUUGUGCCCGUGGACGGCUGCACCUGCCCCCAGGGCACCUUCCUGGACGACACUGGCAAGUGUGUGCCAGCCGCCAGCUGUCCCUGCUACCACGGCGCCUUGGUGAUCCCCAGUGGGGAGUCUGUGCACCAGCAAGGGGCUGUCUGCACCUGCACCAAGGGAACACUGACUUGCAUCGGAGGCCACACCCCUGACCCAGCCUGCGCCCCGCCCAUGGUCUACGCGGACUGCCGCAACGCCUCGGCCGGGGCCGCCGGGGCCGGCUGCCAGAAGAGCUGCCACACCCUGGACAUGGACUGUUACAGCCCCCAGUGCCUGCCCGGCUGCGUGUGUCCUGACGGGUUGGUGGCUGACGGCGAAGGCGGCUGCAUCGCCGCGGCUGACUGCCCCUGCGUGCACAAUGAGGCCAGCUACCGGGCGGGCCAGACCAUUCGGGUGGGCUGCAACACCUGCACCUGUCAGAGCAGGAUGUGGAAGUGCACCGACGAGCCCUGCAUGGCCACCUGUGCUGUGUACGGGGACGGCCACUACCUCACCUUUGACGGGCAGCGCUACAGCUUCAGUGGGAACUGCGAGUACACGCUGGUCCAGGACCACUGUGGCGGGAACGGCAGUUCCCAGGACGCCCUCCGCGUGGUCACCGAGAACGUCCCCUGCGGCACCACAGGGACCACCUGCUCCAAGGCCAUCAAGAUCUUCCUGGGGAGCUACGAGCUGAAGCUGAGUGACGGGAAAGUGGAGGUGCUCCAGAAGGCAGCGGGCCAGGAGGCGCCCUACACCAUUCGCCAGGUGGGCAUCUACCUGGUGGUGGACACUGAGCCCGGCCUGGUGCUGCUGUGGGACAAGAAGACCAGCAUCUUCCUCAGACUCAGCCCUGAGUUCAAGGGGAGGGUCUGCGGGCUGUGCGGGAACUUCGACGACAACGCCCUCAACGACUUCACCACUCGGAGCCAGUCCGUGGCGGGCGACGCUCUGGAGUUCGGCAACAGCUGGAAGUUCUCCCCGUCCUGCCCGGACGCCCCGGCCCCCAGGGACCCCUGCACCGCCAACCCCUACCGCAAGUCCUGGGCGCAGAAGCAGUGCAGCCUGCUCCACGGCGCCACGUUCCAGGCCUGCCACGCCCACGUCGACCCCACCAAGUACUACGAAGCCUGCGUGAGCGACGCGUGCGCCUGCGACUCGGGCGGCGACUGCGAGUGUUUCUGCACGGCGGUGGCCGCCUACGCCCAGGCCUGCGGCGAGGCGGGCGUGUGCGUGGCCUGGCGCACCCCCGACGUCUGCCCCCUGUUCUGCGACUACUACAACCCCGAGGGCCAGUGCGAGUGGCACUACCAGCCCUGCGGGGCCCCCUGCCUGCGGACCUGCCGGAACCCCCGCGGCCAGUGCCCGCACGACACCCAAGGCCUGGAAGGCUGCUACCCCAGGUGCCCCGAGGAGGCCCCCAUCUUCGAUGAGGACGACAUGCAGUGUGUGGCCGCAUGCCCGUCCCCACCCCCGCCACCGCCCUGCCAAGUGCAGGGCAAGUCGUACAGGCUGGGUGCAGCGGUGCCCUCGGACAAGAACUGCUACUCCUGCACCUGCACCGAGAGCGGCGUGCAGUGCACAUACGAUGCAGACGCCUGUGUCUGCACCUACGGCGGGCGGCGCUUCCGCCCGGGGGACAUCAUCUACCACACGACAGACGGCACAGGGGGGUGCAUCUCCGCCCGCUGCGGGGCCAGUGGCUCCAUCGAGAGGAGGGUCCGCGCCUGUGGCCCCAGCACCCCCGCCCCCAGCACCACCUUCUCCUUCUCCACACCGCCGAUCGCCGCCAGCUCCACGGGGCGGUCCAGCACGCUUCCCAGCGCCGCCACGAGCCCUGCGCCCACCGGCACCGUGAGCAGGGCCCCGCCCACCGCUGCGGGCACGCCGUCCAGACCACAGCCUUCCACAGCCUCCAUCGGCCCUCACCCGGGCUGCGGGGAGGACUGCCGGUGGUCGCCCUGGCUGGACAUCAGCCGGCCAGGACGGGGCAUCGACAGCGGUGACUUCGACACACUGGACAACCUCCGGGCCCACGGGCACCCCGUCUGCCGAGCGCCGAGGGCGGUGGAAUGCCGAGCAGAGGAUGCCCCGGAGUUGCCGCCCCAGGACCUGGGGCGUGUGGAGUGCUCGCCGACGGUGGGGCUGGCCUGUUACAACAGGGACCAGGCUUCCGGGCUCUGUGACAACUACCAGAUCAGGGUCCUGUGCUGCACGCCCCGAGCCUGCCCCACCUCGAGCGGUGCAGCCCCGACCGCCCCACGGACAACCCGCAGCACCACCCCGGGGGCCACGUCCCUGCAGACAGGGGGCACGGCCCCGGUCCACACAGCCGGCCCGAGCGCCUCGGCGAGCACUCGCAGAAGCCCUGCCCCCGGCACCCCCACGCCUGGGGGAACAAGCCCCGGCGCCCCCGGCACAGUGCCGGUUUCAACGACCGCUGGGACGGCGACCUCCGGGGCCAGCACCGCGCCCGGGCCCUCCACGGGCCCCAGCCAGACCCCCUGCGCACAGGAGUUCUGCAGCUGGACGGCCUGGAUCGACAGCAGCUACCCCGCGGCGAGUAUUGACAGCGGAGACUUCGACACCUUUCAGAAUCUGAGGUCCAAGGGCUAUAAGUUCUGCGAGAGGCCCAGCCAGGUGGCGUGCAGGGCGGUGAGCUUCCCCAACACACCGCUGGCGGAGCUGGGCCAGAACGUGAUCUGCAACAACAGCGUGGGCCUGGUGUGCCGCAACCGGGACCAGCUGCCCCCGAUCUGCUACAACUACGAGGUGCGGAUCCAGUGCUGCGCGUGGGUGGACGUGUGCACGGACAGGACCCCCACGGGGACACCAGAGGCCACACGGUCCUCUACACAGGAAGCCAUGACCCGGCCAAAGACUGCUCUGACCGUGGGAACCCAAGUGGCCUCCACACAGCACAGGAGUGACAGCUCAGUACAUGUGACCCGGGGAGCCACCGUCACAGCCGGCACACACCUUACAUACGCCGGGACCACCUCCUGCCAGCCACAGUGCACCUGGACCAAGUGGUUCGACGUGGACUUCCCGUCCCCAGGGCCCCACGGAGGAGACCUGGAAACCUACAGCAACAUCGUCAGGAGUGGAGAGAAGAUUUGCCGCCGGCCAGAGUACAUCACUCACCUGCAGUGCCGCGCCGAGAACCACCCCGAGCUCAGCAUCGACAGGGUGGGCCAGGUGGUGCAGUGCAACCCCGACGUGGGCCUGGUGUGCCGCAACCGGGACCAGAGGGGCCCCUUCAAGGUGUGCCUCAACUACGAGGUGCGCGUCCUGUGCUGCGAGCCCCGAGAAGGCUGCCCCACCUACCAGCCCGUCACAGUUGCUAGCACCCAAAGUGUGAGGGUCACCAGUACAGCUGAGACCACCUCCUAUGUGGUCACAACAAGGAAAACAUCUCUGCCAGGAACCAGCUCAGCCCCUGUGCCAGGAACCAGCACGACCCCUGUGCCACGAACCAGCGAGACACCUGUGCCAGGAACCAGCACGACCCCUGUGCCAGGAACCAGCGAGACACCUCGCGACACCUGUGCCAGGAACCAGCACGACACCUGUGCCGGGAACCAGCACGACCCCUGUGCCGGGAACCAGCACGACCCCUGUGCCGGGAACCAGCGAGACACCUGUGCCGGGAACCAGCGCGACCCCUGUGCCAGGAACCAGCGCGACCCCUGUGCCAGGAACCAGCGAGACACCUGUGCCAGGAACCAGCACGACCCCUGUGCCGGGAACCAGCUCGACCCCUGUGCCGGGAACCAGCACGACACCUGUGCCGGGAACCAGCACGACCCCUGUGCCAGGAACCAGCGAGACACCUGUGCCGGGAACCAGCACGACACCUGUGCCGGGAACCAGCUCGACCCCUGUGCCGGGAACCAGCGUGACACCUGUGCCAGGAACCAGCACGACCCCUGUGCCAGGAACCAGCACGACACCUGUGCCGGGAACCAGCUCGACCCCUGUGCCGGGAACCAGCGUGACACCUGUGCCGGGAACCAGCACGACCCCUGUGCCGGGAACCAGCAGGACCCCUGUGCCGGGAACCAGCAGGACCCCUGUGCCGGGAACCAGCGCGACCCCUGUGCCAGGAACCAGCGCGACACCUGUGCCGGGAACCAGCGUGACACCUGUGCCGGGAACCAGCGUGACACCUGUGCCGGGAACCAGCACGACCCCUGUGCCGGGAACCACGCGACCCCUGUGCCAGGAACCAGCGCGACACCUGUGCCGGGAACCAGCGCGACACCUGUGCCGGGAACCAGCGUGACACCUGUGCCGGGAACCAGCACAACCCCUGUGCCGGGAACCAGCACGACCCCUGUGCCGGGAACCAGCACGACCCCUGUGCCGGGAACCAGCACGACCCCUGUGCCGGGAACCAGCUCGACCCCUGUGCCGGGAACCAGCGUGACACCUGUGCCGGGAACCAGCACGACCCCUGUGCCAGGAACCAGCACGACACCUGUGCCGGGAACCAGCUCGACCCCUGUGCCGGGAACCAGCGUGACACCUGUGCCGGGAACCAGCUCGACCCCUGUGCCGGGAACCAGCGUGACACCUGUGCCAGGAACCAGCACGACCCCUGUGCCGGGAACCAGCGUGACACCUGUGCCAGGAACCAGCACGACCCCUGUGCCAGGAACCAGCUCGACCCCUGUGCCAGGAACCAGCUCGACCCCUGUGCCGGGAACCAGCGCGACCCCUGUGCCGGGAACCAGCGAGACUCCUGUGCCGGGAACCAGCACGACCCCUGUGCCAGGAACCAGCGAGACACCUGUGCCAGGAACCAGCGCGACCCCUGUGCCAGGAACCAGCGCGACACCUGUGCCAGGAACCAGCGCGACCCCUGUGCCAGGAACCAGCACGACCCCUGUUCCAGGAACCAGCACGACCCCUGUUCCUACACCUGCUACCACCCACUCCACACCUGGGACCACCUCCUGCCAGCCACAGUGCACCUGGACCAAGUGGUUCGAUGUGGACUUCCCGUCCCCAGGGCCCCACGGAGGAGACCUGGAAACCUACAGCAACAUCGUCAGGAGUGGAGAGAAGAUUUGCCGCCGGCCAGAGUACAUCACUCACCUGCAGUGCCGCGCCGAGAACCACCCCGAGCUCAGCAUCGACAGGGUGGGCCAGGUGGUGCAGUGCAACCCCGACGUGGGCCUGGUGUGCCGCAACCGGGACCAGAGGGGCCCCUUCAAGGUGUGCCUCAACUACGAGGUGCGCGUCCUGUGCUGCGAGCCCCGAGAAGGCUGCCUGCUGAGUCCUGCCACCCCCGGUAUUCCUUCAUCCAUGACGUCCCCCCUCACCUCAGAGCCCACCUCCUGGGUUCCUGCUGUGACCACCCUCAGCCCGUCAGCCCCGCCCACCACAAAGUGCUACUGCAGCGUGUCGCACCAACUCUACCCUGCAGGGUCCAUCAUAUACCAGGAGGCUGACCUCGCUGGCCAUUGCUACUACGCGGUGUGCAGCCUGGACUGCCACGUGGUGAGGCAGACUGACCACGCCUGUCCCACCAGCACGGUCCUGCCCACGCCCACGCCCUCGAUGCCUGGGUCCUCCCCUUCGGCCCCCGUGCCUGUCACUACACAGGGAUGCCCCAGCGCAGUCCCCCCAAGAAUGAGAGAGGAGACCUGGGCCAUGCCCAACUGCUCGCAGGCCACCUGCGAGGGCAACAACGUCAUCACCCUGCAGCGGCGCCCGUGCCCGCAGGUGCAGAAGCCCACCUGCGCCAACGGCUACCCUGCCCUGAAGGCGGCGGAUGAGGACGGCUGCUGCCAGCACUACCAGUGCCAGUGUGUGUGCAGCGGCUGGGGCGACCCGCACUACAUCACCUUUGACGGCACCUACUACACCUUCCUGGACAACUGCACCUACGUGCUGGUGCAGCAGAUCGUGCCCGUGUACGGCCACUUCCGCGUGCUCAUAGACAACUACUUCUGCCACUCGGAGGACGGGCUGUCCUGCCCGCAGUCCAUCAUCGUCGAGUACCGGCAGGACCGCGUUGUGCUGACCCGCAAGCCCGUCCGCGGGGUGAUGACCAACGAGAUCCUCUUCAACAACCACGUGGUCCGGCCGGGCUUCGCAAAGGACGGCAUCGUGGUCUCCCAGAUCGGCAUCAAGAUGUACGUGAGCAUCCCGGAGGUCGGCGUCCAGGUCAUGUUCAGCGGCCUGAUCUUCUCCGUGGACGUGCCCUUCAGCAAGUUCGCUAACAACACUGAGGGGCAGUGUGGCACCUGCACCAACGACCGGAAGGAUGAGUGCCGUCUCCCCGGGGGGGCGGUGGUGGCCUCCUGCUCUGACAUGUCCCGGUACUGGAAGGUGACCAACCCCGACCAGCCGACCUGCCACGGGCCGCCCGCAACGCCCCCCAAGGGCGGGCCCAUGACCCUGCCCACCUCCUGCCCGCCCCCGCCCAUCUGCCAGCUGAUUCUGAGCGACACCUUCAAGCCCUGCCACACCACGAUCCCCCCGAGGCCGUACUACGAAGGCUGCGUGUUCGACUGGUGCCACAUGCCUGAGCCGGACGCAGCGUGCUCUGGCCUGGAGCUGUACGCCUCGCUGUGCGCGGCCCAGGGCCUGUGCAUCGACUGGAGGGGCCGGACCAACCACACCUGCCCCUUCACCUGCCCCGCUGACAAGGAGUACCGGCCCUGCAGCCCCUCCAACCCCUCCUACUGCUACGGGGGCAACAGCACCAGUGUUGUGGCCCUCAAGGACAUCAGCCCCAUCACAGAAGGCUGCUUCUGUCCAGAGGACAUGAUGCUUUUCAGCGCGAGCACGGAAGUCUGUGUACCAGCAGGCUGCCCCAGGUGCCUGGGGCCCCACGGGGAGCCUGUGGAGCCGGGCCACACAGUCACCUUCGACUGCCAGGAGUGUACCUGCGAGGGCACCACGUGGACCAUGAGCUGCCGGCGCCAGCCCUGCCCCCUGCCCCCUGCCUGCCCGGAGCCUGGGUUUGUGCCUGUGCCUGUGGCCCCCCAGGCCGGCCAGUGCUGUCCCCAGUACACCUGCGCGUGCAAUGCCAGCUACUGCCCAGCGCUCUCCGGCUGUCCUGAAGGCUCCCUCCAGACUGUGAACUAUGAGGAGGGCGCCUGCUGCCCCAGCCAGAAAUGCGGCUGGACCGUCUGCAGUGUGAACGGCACCUUGUACCAGCCCGGUGCCGUGGUCUCCUCCAGCCUCUGCCAGAAGUGCCGCUGUGAGGUGCCCGGCCGCCCCCAUGCGGUCGCCUUCAGGAUCAGCUGUGAGACGGAGACCUGCAGCACGCACUGCCCCGCGGGCUUCGAGUACCAGGCGCAAAGUGGGCGCUGUUGCGGGUCCUGCGUGCAGGUGGCCUGUGUCAUGAACGCCAGCGACGGCUCCGCCCACCUCUUCCAACCUGGUGAGUCCUGGUCGGACCCUGGGGACCGCUGUGUGACACACCAGUGUGAGAAGCACCAGGACGGGCUCGUGGUGGUGACCGUGAAGAAGACAUGCCCCUCACUCACCUGCCCGCGGGACCAGGCUGGGCUGAGUGAGGAUGGCUGCUGCCUCUUCUGUCCUGCACCCGAAACCCAGAACAGGUCGACCUGUGACAUCUACCACAAGCUCGAGGUCAUCCGCGUGCAGGGCUGCAGCUCCGCGGGGCCCGUGCCCCUGGCCUACUGCAAGGGCAACUGUGGGGACACCGCCUCUGUGUUUUCCCUGGCGGCCGGGGAGCUCCAGCACAACUGCCGCUGCUGCCGGGAGCUGCGGGCCACGCCCAGGAAUGUGACCCUGAGCUGCGCAGACGGCUCCCGCCGGGCCUUCAGCUACACCCAGGUGGAGGAGUGCGGCUGCGCCGGCCUGCAGUGUGACACCCGCAGCGGCCUCGACCAGGGUCUCGAGGAGGGGCCCCUGAGGAGCCAGAAUGCCGCGCGCGGGGGUUGGAGCCGCGGAGCCCCCGCCACCCCCGCAGCCUGAUGCGCCUCCCCUUCUGAAGAUCCCCCUUCGUUCCCCGCAGUCCAGCUUCCAAGGCAGCAGCCUGAGCAGCUAGCUGGGAGCUGAGCCCCGGAUGCACCGUCCAGCCCCCUUCCCUGUCCGGUGCCCAGGCGGGUGGGCAGGGACUCCUUUGGCCGUGGGUCCAGUCACCCCUCCCAGCCAUCAGCAUUGCGUGGGGUCCCGUCCAUGCUGGUCACCUGGACAGGCAAUUGGCUGCUGGCCAGCUGCAAGGAGGCAGAGCCCCACCUCUCCUCCUCCUGGGCCUCUGGAGAGGCCAGCUGUUCCAGAAAUACAUGUGUAGCAUUUUGCAA